AUGCUUGCCAUCAAAGAGUUUCUUCAUUCCAAGAAUGUCCAGUCUACUCUCGUCUUGUCAUUCUGCGCUGCAGCUUGUGCUUGUCUAGGUCUUUUAGUUCAUACCCUCGUCAAGCGAAAGAAUCUCAAUCGAUACAUCCGCGUGUCAUCGCCUUCGCCGGAACCUGUAAAGAAGACUGCGUCUGCCGAUUAUAUAAAUGUCUAUCCUCCAUCUCAGCGUCACGUGCUCCCUCAGAUCUCCCCAGAGUUCUCGUCAAACAAUGUAGAUCUUUCCACGACUAGACUUCUCACGCUUGACCAAGAUUAUCGCUAUGCGAACCCUGCAGCAUACAACUUUACGGGAUUCAGCAUCGACGAGAUCAAGAGGCUGGGCGCUUUCCCCGAUUACGCAAAGUUGUCUGGUGUUCCUCUGCCAGCUCCGCUGAAGAACUUUGAUCUCGAUGCUGCGUUGCCGAGACCCUAUCGUCCGUUUCGAUGGGCAUACCAUCAGACUAUGUCUUUAAAAAAGAUGGAUCCUGAUUUCUGGAUUGAGAUAGAGAACACAUACCACGCUCGUAUCGUCCAGCGUCAGAGCCUCUACGCAAAACACGGCAGUGACGUCCUUCAAGCCCUUCCUGGAUCUGAACUUGCUUGCAAAGAACUCAUGGAGAUGGUGAUCCAGUUCAUCUGCACCCGAUAUCCCCAGGCCUUUGAACUUCACGGUAGAGUGUUCGUCAACCACCUUCUGGGAGUCAAGCAGGACCUCAACCACAUUGAGCCUCUACUCUUUCUUCUCAACCAUGUCCCAGAGGACUUUGCUCUUACUCUUAGAGAUCCUGCGACAGGGCGCUACUGUUUUAGAGCAGGUGUGAUUUGUUCAUCGGUAGGAUGGAAGUUGAGUGAGAAGAUCGGAUUGGGAUUACCUGAGAUACAUGCCCCCGUGCCUGAUUACAAGGAGAAGAUGGAGUUUAGCAUGGACAGGUUCUUUACGAAAAUGCCCACCGACAGUCCUAUCCAGCGUGGAUCCUGGGGUCUAGAAGUCGGUCAGCCACUCUUCAUCCCGUCCGAAGACCCAGAAUUCCGAACCCGCGAGAGCCAAAACCCAUCCCUGACAGAGUCAGAUGUCCAUUUGCGAGUUGACUGGCAAACACUUCGUCGUCUUCCUCUCUCAGGUGCUAUCGUGUUCAACUUUAAAGCCCUCUUUACGCCUAUCUCUGAGUUUAGGGACGAGCCAUAUGUCCCAUCAUUGGUCCUCAAGGUGCUCAAUGAGGGAAAGGAGAAUAUUCUUAAGUACAAAGGAACGUGGCAUGUUGAACAUGUUGCUAAGCCGACGUUGAGGAGAUAUGAGAGGGAACAAAUUGACAAGGGCUUGAUUCCUGUGGAUUGGCAAACGACUACUUUGGAUGAGAACCCCUUCUUUCCUGGGUGGGAGGGAAAGUGGAAUAUGAGUUGA